UCUUUCGGGAGUGGGUAUUUUAUAACACGGUUUCAGAAGUCCGCGUCCCGGAGAGAGCUGCAGAACCCUCGGAGCCCGACUCUCCUUUCUUUUCCCAACGGGCAGCCGUUUUAGGAUAUAUAUCUGUUUCUGAAGUUGGGGGGCCAAUUGCUAGUUCGCUAGCAAUUACUAGCAAUUACUUUGUCGCAUUGGCUGUUGGACAAGCGGCCGGGCUAGCUGGACAUCCCCACCUUGGGUUUGCUCUAUGUCUGUGUGGGAUUCACAAAGGGCAUGCGACCCAGAAGUUUCAAGCCAAUGAGAAGCGGGGACUACAGACAGAAAUACAUGAUACUCACCGUUACCAUUCUGGCUCUCUGUCUUCCGAGUCCCGGGAAUGCACAGCAACAAUGCACUAACGGUUUCGAUCUGGACCGCUCGUCAGGACAGUGUUUAGACAUUGAUGAAUGCCGGACCAUCCCUGAGGCCUGCCGAGGAGACAUGAUGUGUGUUAACCAAAAUGGCGGGUAUUUAUGCAUCCCCCGAACAAACCCAGUGUACCGAGGGCCCUACUCGAACCCCUACUCGAACCCCUACUCAGGUCCGUACCCAGCAGCGGCCCCACCGCUAUCGGCUCCAAACUACCCCACGAUUUCGAGGCCUCUCAUAUGCCGCUUUGGAUACCAGAUGGAUGAAAGCAACCAGUGUGUGGAUGUGGACGAGUGUGCAACGGAUUCUCACCAGUGCAAUCCUACCCAGAUUUGCAUCAACACCGAAGGAGGGUAUACCUGCUCCUGUACCGAUGGCUAUUGGCUUCUGGAAGGCCAGUGCUUAGACAUUGAUGAAUGUCGCUAUGGCUACUGCCAGCAACUGUGUGCGAACGUUCCUGGAUCCUAUUCCUGCACCUGCAACCCCGGUUUUACCCUCAAUGAGGAUGGAAGGUCUUGCCAAGAUGUGAACGAAUGUGCAACUGAGAACCCGUGCGUGCAAACUUGUGUCAACACCUAUGGCUCUUUCAUCUGCCGCUGUGACCCAGGAUAUGAACUUGAGGAUGACGGUGUUCAUUGCAGUGACAUGGACGAAUGCAGCUUCUCUGAGUUCCUCUGCCAGCAUGAGUGUGUGAAUCAGCCCGGCACGUACUUCUGCUCCUGUCCCCCUGGUUACAUUCUGUUGGAUGACAACCGGAGUUGCCAGGAUAUCAACGAGUGUGAGCACCGAAACCACACGUGUAACCUGCAGCAGACUUGCUACAAUCUGCAAGGGGGCUUCAAGUGCAUUGACCCCAUCCGCUGUGAGGAGCCUUAUCUUCGGAUCAGCGAUAACCGCUGUAUGUGUCCUGCUGAGAAUCCUGGCUGCAGAGACCAGCCCUUUACCAUCUUGUACCGGGAUAUGGAUGUGGUAUCGGGACGCUCCGUUCCUGCUGACAUCUUCCAAAUGCAAGCAACGACCCGCUACCCUGGGGCUUAUUACAUUUUCCAGAUCAAGUCUGGGAAUGAGGGCCGAGAAUUCUAUAUGCGGCAAACGGGCCCCAUCAGUGCCACCCUGGUGAUGACACGCCCCAUCAAAGGGCCGCGGGACAUACAGCUGGACUUGGAAAUGAUCACGGUCAACACGGUCAUCAACUUCAGAGGCAGCUCCGUGAUCCGACUGCGGAUAUAUGUGUCCCAGUACCCGUUCUGAGCCCCGGGCUGGGGUCUCUGACACUGCCUCUCAGCAGCACCCAGGGACAGGAGAAGAGAAGAAACGAGAGGGAGGGUGACGUGGGACAGAUGUUACGCUUUUCUUGCUGACCGCCUCCCGAGGAGUCGGCCCCGAAUGUCCUGACGCUGCCUGUCCCCUUGUAGACCCGUCGCUCUGAAGGACAUGCUUCCCCAGUUCUUACGACGCAGUUAUCGAAAAGUAUUAUCAGCGCCCUGACCUGAGAUCGACGGUGAUUUUUCAAGGCCUGUCAGUUUAUUUUCAUAUUUUUCGAAGGAAAUAGAUUAGCUUCGCUGGGGUCUGAGUCCGCGUUCAAAGACUGUGAACGGCUUCCUGUCACCUCCUCCACGCCUUCUUGCUGUCUGUCGCUGAUUGCUUCUUUGCCGAGGCCCGGAUUGCUCACGGGGACGCGGGGUGUAGCUAGCUGCUGCUUGUAUGCACAGAGAAGGCUGCGGAAAGAAACCACAGCAGGAUCUAAGGGUUUUCACAGAGUCUAUUUCAAAACCAUGUGUGGUAUUUUCAGCCACGAGAGAAGGUUUAGUUGUCCUUACAUUUGUAUAACUGUCUAAUCCUUUCUUGUGCAUUUUGAGUAUUUUUUUUUUUUUAAAAUAAGUGGUAGAAUUCCUUAAGAAGGCCUUCAGACACAUGUUAUGUUCUGACUUCCCAAACCCAGUCUCCUCUCCAUUCUACCCCGGUGUUUUCUUCGAGGACCCCCUACUCAUGUUUUCUUUAGAAUUUUUACCCAACUGGGCUGGAAGGCAGAGGUCUCUAAACUGAUUAAAUAUUUGAAGAGA